AUGAAUAGUUUGAGUUCAUAUAUCGCCAAUAAAACAUUUAUUGGGAUCAUUAUUUGACUCAGCUCAAUUUAUGGAUUUGCAAUUUUAGGCAUUGGAGAAUUGUAAAUUUAAUGUAGAUUCGUCAUUCUGAGUGGGAUAAUUUUCAUUUUCUUUAAUUUAGGAGAAAGAAAAGGAGUAAGUGCUUAUAGUGUUUUUAAUGAUGGAUGUAAAAAAAUACUUGGGACUUCCUCAGCCAGUGAUUUAAUAAAUCAGCAAACCGGCCAAAGAAAAUCAACUUCAAAGCCCGAAGACUACGUUGAGCCAUCUUUUAUCGUUCGAAAUCAAAGAUUAAGAAACAAGCCAUGCCCCUGUGGAUCUGGUAAAAAACACAAAAAAUGCUGCCUCUAUGCUCCUGAACAGUAACUGCCAUAUAGAGAUCCUGAAGACUAA